AUGUUGAUCGCAAAUAUGGCCAUGUCUGACCUGCUCUAUCCAAUAUUCUUUGUUCCUGCUCGUCUGGCAGAAUGGCACGCUGGCUCGUGGCUUAUUGGUGGUACCCUUGGUCAGGCCUUGUGCAAGAUACACAUUUUUCUUGUUGAUGUUUCCUCGUUAGUGUCGAUUCAGAGCCUUGUUCUGAUAACAGUGGAUCGAUUUGUAGCUGUUGUAGUUCCACUCCGUUCCCCUCUCGUAAGUAGAAAGCGGUGUCUAUUCUUCAUUGUCGCUACAUGGAUCGUCGCAAUGGCCGUUCAUUCGCCAUAUCUUGUUGCUUAUAAACUUGGUAAAUACCCAGAACGACUGAUGUGCGAAGAUCUGUGGCAGGAAGCCUUCGGAGGAAACACAUAUCCAAAUUACAUCCUAGCAGGUGCUAUCGUGUUUUUCUACAUUCCCUUUGUCCUCUUGGUGAUACUGUACUCCAACAUCCUGAUCAAGCUUAAAAACCAAGUCCAUCCAGGUGAGCAGUCAGCCAACGCUGAGCAACAGAGGACAAGAAGAAACAGAAACGUGCUUAAGAUGGCUAUUACUAUCGUGGUAGUGUUUUUCAUUUGCUGGAUACCCUUAGUUAGUAACACGAUAAUAGACAAUUUCAGUGCACCAGACAGUCUUAUUUUUUCUUCUUGUAGUUUUCAUCUAUACCUUACUGUCACCUUCUUUAUGGCUUACGCAAACUGUGCUAUUAACCCGAUUAUCUGUCUCACUCUUAGCAGUAACUACCGCCAAGCUCUUAAGAGACUUGUGAGUUGCUGUGCCGCCCAUGCAGUGGAACAUUAAUGUUUGAAGACUGAAAGCCGGGUCUGAAGAGAUUCAUUAAAAAAAAGAAGACCAAUAACAACUAAUAUUUUAUGUAAAAUAACAGCGAAAUCACGAAAGAAAUGCUUGUGAAUUAUGUUUUCGGCUGCAAAGUAAUCUGGAGCACGCCCUAACCCUAACUCUAGGAAGGGUGGAAAAUGUUAUUGUAUGAACGCAUUUUCAAAGUAUAAUUUUGCCGAAAAACGCCGAUCGAAGCCAGUAGAGCCGUUUUAUUAUUCUGUUCACUGAAACAGCUUCUGGAUGGUUUGCUGCAGAACCGGCAAGACAUCCAAAGAAAACGGUAUGAUAUUAGCAGAUCGACAUGCAAACUCUGAAACCUAAGUAAAGGAGCGCAGGCAGACUUAUUUCUACCACGAACCAAGACGAGGGACUUGAGCAUAGGUGAAAGAAGAGGCCAGUUAGCCACGGUCGUCCUACAUUGUAAAGACAACUGAUGUGUCUGAACUAAAGUGCCUUAGAGUAUACUCAGCUGAAGCGUUUAGAAAAAAAAUCAACAGUUACCGCUGGAAGUUAGUUGAUAACAACAAAGAAAGUCUUUCAACACAGAGAGGCAUACUAAAGUGUUCAGCCUACCCUUAGUUGUCAUCACCAGAAUCACCCCGAGCACCUGUCCAGUCACGUGCACCGGUGCCAUGUUACAAAUAUGGCGUGAAGAAACAUUUUUCUUUCUUUUUGCGAAUAAUAACUAGGGGAUGUUGGAAAAAUGGACUGCGUGACUGUCACGCUGUGAAAGUAAACUUUGUUCCUUUUGAUCUAGUUACUUAGUGAUAAAUUGUAAUGACGUGAUGUAGGUUUAGGAUUUUGAAACUAUAAUCAUCUUUGUAGCAUGGACAUUAAAUUGUGAAGUGAUUCGAGUCUGUAGGUCGUUUUAACGUGAAUAUUUUCUGGAAAAUCUCUUGUGUUAGAAGCAAUCGGAAGAUUCCUGACAGGGCAACUUCAAGGGAGAAAAUUGUGGUAUACCCUGACGCCGAGUGAGAAAUUAGUAGAUUUUUCGCUGUUUGUGCGAGGAACAAUUUAAAGACUUUUUCCUCUGUUUCAGCUGUAGCAUUUUCUACGGAAUGCUUCAUUUCCCUCGUUUAUAUGUUGCCUAUAGUCACCGACGAAGUCCGCCAUGUUUUAAUUUGUUAUUGUGUAAAACUUAAUGACAUUAAGAAGUGACGUCAGUAUUCCGUUUUAUUCCAAAUAUUCUGCUCAGCUGAUCUGUAUUUGGAAUAUCUGUUCCACUUAGUUUAGAACUGGAGUAACAGGUCAAUCGAACGGAUAUUCCGGAUCUUUCAAUUGUAUUCCUAUUGAGCUCAAACCAAGUUAGAAUCGCAUCGUGUUUCGGUUAUUUCUUAGAGCAUUAGAGACGUGUGAAACGAGCUUUGUUGAAAGAGACGUGCCACCAUAAAUAUCAAUAGUCGGAUAAUAAUUAUCCGCUUUUGUAUAAAUCGUAUGAAAACUAGCUAGAGAGACGUGUAUCUCGUUGUUUAACAUUCUGACUUCAGCUGUCUUAGCGUUAGGCAUUAAGCCAUAAUGACCUUACAUCUUCUUUUGCAUGCUGAUUCUGAGAUGUGAAAGACGAAUAAAUUUCAAAUUAAUACAAAACGUCAAAGGUUUAGUGAACAAAAUUCUAUUUGUUUAGUCACUGGCAUGAGCUUCGCUCUAGUAUUUAUGACCUGUGUGUGUACCUUAUAUCGCGGCAAAUAUGACCUCUUUGUCACGGUAUUUUAUUAAUUUGACGUCUCCAUUAUUGCAAAAAGCCCAGUGAGGGCGAGUCGACGAGUCUUAGAGCUCCUAGGGAAUUAAUUUCAAGGGCGAAUUCUGCAGUUGUUGACUACAUUUAUUGAAAUGGAAAAAUAGCAGAAAACAUAAUGUAAGCCAAAUCAAUGCAGUAUAAACAGUGUAUACCUUCCUUUCUGUGAUCUUGGAUAAUGUAAACCGAAAAGAAAUAAUAUGCAAAUAUAAGAAAAGGAAAGUGUUCAAGAACGGGGCGAGAGAACCCCUGGGAUGCUACUCUAAAAGAACCAGUUCCACGACUUAUUCGAACGCUUGUCUGUGAUUGGGCAAAAAAAUAUUUUUUGUGCCCAAUCAGAAGCCAAGCAUGUAUUGUGCUGCCUUCGUAACCUUCUUAUACGAAAGAGUUCACCUGCAAACUCGACUGUUUCCUCUCCGCCCCUGAAAAAAAUCAGUCUGGCUCGUGCGGGAGAGUUUCUUCGAGAAGAGGUUUCAGUGAAUUCAAAAUGAGCCCUUAAAGUCUACUCUACCAGUUUCAUUCGACCUUCUUGUAUCACUGAAGAGAAACAUUUAACAACAAAUUUACAAACUUUAAAGGCCGAAAAAAUGUCUCCUGCACGCGCCUGCAUGAGUAUGCCGAGCAGACGUAAACAAACACGCAGACGAUUUCGCAUGAACAAGCCUAGAAGUACCCUGGUAUUUACGAAUUGACCUUCGAGCAGUCCACAGGCGGAUUUCUUCAAUUGUUGCAUUUUUCGUUUUAUUUUGGUUUGGUAACAUGCUAAAUUAUGGGGUAAGAUUUCCGUAUAAUCCCAUACACUUAUUAUGCGUGCAUGUUUCCACUCUAUUCAUUUUCAUAAUUAUCAAGUAGUAUGAAAUUGCUACGUGCAUGAUAAUUGUAUGAGUUUACACUGAAAUUUUACCAAUUAUGGCUUUUCAGUGGGGCCUAUUUUUACUGAAAAAAAUUCUCCAAGAAAGCUCUCCUGCAGGAGCCAAACAUGCACGGCCAACAGUCGAGUUUGCAGGUGAACAUUACAAGCCUCAGCGUUCCGGAAGUUAAAAAAUGCGGCGCGCCUGGUUGUUUUGAAGUGACGUAAUCAUCCAGUUGAGUAUCUGUCAUCUUAACACUUUUGCGGUCAACUACCGCAGAGCUCGUAAAAGUACUUUAGGGACGGACCACUAGAAAAGUUAUGGGGGGUGUACUUCGUCCGUCCCCCAUAAGUUUUCUAAUGGUGCGGCCCUUAAUUAAAAUCGUGUUCAAACCACUGUGGAGGAAGUCUGUUUAUAAUUGUGUCGAUAAAUGCACUUCUGACUUUCAUGAGGUUCAAUUUUGAAUGAAUUAUCAAAAUUUUUGUUCAGCGAGAAGUCUACCUACGGUUCCCGGGAAAAGGAACUUUUAUAGUGGCGCAACACAAAUUUUUCGAAAGUCGAGGAGGUGCUGACAAACCAUUCACUAUAUCUAUGCGACUAAAGGAGGGUAUAAGGUAUAUAACACGUUUAGCAUUUCGACCCAUAGCCGAAAAAAAUAAAUUAGACAGUUGCCCUAUGUCCUUUCUGGUUUAUCUAGGUAGAAGUCCUGGCAUAUAAUUAUGCCCGAGCGCUUCUAGGAUAUAAAACACGUUUAGCAUUUCGACGCGAAAAAAAAAAAAAACAAUUGAAAGCUGUUCCAUAUCCUCUCUGGUUCAUCCAGGUAGAACUAGUCCUUGCAUGUUAUUCAUGCCUGACCGCUUCCAGGAUAUAUAACACGUUUAGCAUUUCGACCUGUAGAACAAAAAUUAGGCAGUUUUUCGACAUCCUUUCUGGUUCAUCCAGGUAGAAGUCCUUGCAUGAUAUUAUUAUGCCUGGUUGCUUCUAGGAUAUAUAACAUGUUAAGCAUUUCUUACCACACUUUCAUCCUCGUCGAUAAAACACAAGUUAUAGUCAAAUUAAGAGGCCGCUUUGAAUCGAUACGAUUUCAUUUGCAUUUCUCCAAAUUGUAGAGGGGCUGAAUAUUAGUUUGAAGAGUGCUUUGAACUGUAGUACAUGUUUAAUCAACAUAAACGAGAAGUGAUCUAAAAGCUGAAGGAGAAGUUUGUAUUUCUAAAUUUUUUCCUGACAUCAAGUUAGGGGCCGAAGAUUUAGGGAGAAAAAAGGGGGGAUUAAAAAAAGAAUGCAGACUCUCAGUAUGUCAGGGAAAAAGAAAAAAAUCUAUCGUGGGGCAACAUAUUCUUACACAAAGCAAUUUACCUAUACCCCUCCCCCCCCUCCUUACCCCCAAACGCCUCAAAAGUCAGCUAACUGGCCACUUAGUCAGCACAAAACGAAAAACAAAUAACAAGGACAAAAAUUAAAAAGCGCCAAAUUUUCAGGACCGGAGUCGGUUUCUUUGAGGUUCGCACAGUUUCUAGUAGUUAUAUUUGAAUGGAUUACGCGAAAAGGGAUUUUCUUGUCCUUUCAGGUAUUGUAUCAUUUUUAGUGUGUUUACACUGCUUCAAAAAUUGCUUAUUUCAAUAUAGAUAUUUCUUAUUUCUUGCUUACAAAUAUUUUCUAUCGAACCGGCCAAGUUUAUAUUUAGCCAAAUUCGAAAAUAGUAUAGAGAAUGUUGCUGACUAACACUUGCCCAUACAAUGCACUCUCGCUUUAUUAACUUGCUUUGUUACAUCAGUAUAAAAACGUUCACCGGAUUAAUCGAAAUUCGAUAUUUACUUUAGAACAUAGAAUGUUAUGAAAACGGUUGCAGUUUUAUGGAGUUUGUGUCAUUUUCGUGAUAGAGAAUCGGAAAGGAUAUAUUUUAGUAGACAUCAGAUUCCAGAAUAUGUAAAUACAAGAGGGCGGAUCAGAAUGAUAUGAUAUUGCUCUUAUACUGAAGGCGAAAGGGGGUAUAAUAUGUGGUGCGCACUUUCAAAAGUACAUUCACUUAUUAUUCCGCACUUAAAGGGGUCAUAAAAGUGUACUGUUUAAUGGUAUUAAAGUGUUCACUUCAAGAGUCCUAAAGUGAACACUUUAAAGGAGUCUUAAAGGGAACACUUUAAGGAUUAAGUUAUAGCAAACAUUAUGAUGAGAAGAUGGAAUCAUAAUGUCAUUUUAUUUCGAGGCAUUUCUCGUUUCUUAUCAGCAGUGUGCAGGCGGUGUUUCCCUGGCCAAUCAGGAGAUCGAAAAUGUUUAGUGCUGUAUAAAAGACUUGUUAUGUGUUUCGCGCGGCCCUUCCAACUAUUACCAUCAGCCUGUACUAGUGACAUCCCUUUGACGCUUAGUUGAAAAUUUUUCCCACCACCUCCCCAGUCUCCGACCUGCCACCGUCUACAUCCUCUUAUAGUUUUAUCGUCUUUAGUUUGUCGCAAGUAAUGGCUAAUUUGUGGCGGAUUUUUGUCCCCACCUUUCCUGAAGAGAUGUUAAUUAGUUAGUUUUAUCAUUGGUUUCAAUUAAAAACGUCACGCUUGUGGCCAUUUAUCCCAAACAGCUGAGAUUCUUGCUCAAUACGUGUAUGCAAAGCUGAUGGGUAUUAAAAUCAUGUCAGCUUAAAGACGACUUCCAUAUUUGCGAAGCACUGUUGAAAAGGAGCUUUCUUUGGAAGUAUGUUACUGAGCUUUACUUUAAGUAUGCAAACGCAGACGUAUUAUUGGUCGUUAGGUUAAAGCCUUAUACACACCUAUAGAGAAACGUUCAACAUGAACACAACAGCAGGUGUAUCAAGUUCCCAAAGCUUCCCCAGUCUGAUAAACCCGGUAGCAGAAAAACUUGAGAAAACAGUUGCUUACACUCCGAUCGCUGUUCUUGCUUUGGGGGGAAAUUCUCUCAUCGGAAUAAUUGUCUGGAAAACUCCAACUUUAAGAAAACCAAUUAACCCAUUGAUCGUGAACAAGGCCAUGUCAGACUUGUUUUAUCCAAUAUUCCUGCUUCCUGUUCGACUGGCGGAAUUGCACGUUGGCUCGUGCCUUAUUGGUGGUGCCCUUGGUCAGGCCUUGGGCAAGCUACACGUUUUCCUUGUAGAUGUCUCAUCGUUUGUAUCGAUUCAGAGCCUGAUUCUGAUAACAGUGGAUGGAUUCUGA